UCCAGGCCAGUGAAUAAACGAAGAAGCGCGUUACACCUCUCAUCCAUUACUCGAGAUUGGGAUUUAAACGUGAAUCGAGAGAGAAUAUCAGCUCAUACCUUUUAUUCUGCAUAAAACAGGACGCGUAUGCAGCAUAUAGAAGCAUCAUUGUAAAGAAUAUAUUAGUGUCUGCAGCAUUACUGUGUGUUGCAUUCAUCUGCAGAUAUGGACGAGGACAAUCAAGUACCUGAAGACCUGUCCAUAGAGGAGAGGGAUGAACUGACCAACAUACGGCGCAGGAAAAAAGAACUGCUCGAUGAUAUUGAGCGGCUGAAGUUUGAAAUUGCUGAAGUGAUGACAGAAAUCGAGCAGCUCACGUGUGUUGGCGAGAGCAAAACAACACAAAGAAACAAACAAAUUGCCAUGGGACGAAAAAAAUUCAACAUGGACCCCAAAAAAGGGAUCCAGUUUCUGCUUGAGAAUGACCUCCUGCAUCAGACCCCUGAAGACAUCUCUCAGUUCCUGUAUAAAGGAGAGGGCUUGAACAAAACCGUUAUUGGGGAUUACUUAGGGGAACGGGAUGAAUUCAACAUUAAAGUGCUCCAGGCUUUUGUAGAGCUCCAUGAAUUUGCUGACCUCAACCUUGUUCAGGCAUUACGACAGUUUCUCUGGAGUUUCAGACUUCCUGGUGAAGCGCAGAAGAUCGACAGAAUGAUGGAGGCGUUUGCGUCUCGGUACUGCCAGUGCAACCCUGGAGUCUUUCAGUCCACAGACACAUGUUAUGUCCUUUCCUUCGCCAUCAUCAUGUUAAACACUAGCCUUCACAACCCAAACGUCAGAGACAAACCCGCUGUCGAGCGAUUCAUCUCGAUGAACAGAGGCAUUAAUGAAGGAGGAGACCUGCCAGAAGAACUGCUCAGGAACCUGUAUGAGAGCAUCAAGAGUGAACCUUUCAAAAUCCCUGAAGAUGACGGCAAUGACCUCACGCACACUUUCUUCAACCCCGACAGAGAGGGCUGGCUGCUCAAGUUAGGUGGACGAGUGAAAACUUGGAAGAGGAGAUGGUUUAUUCUGACAGACAACUGCUUGUACUAUUUUGAGUACACAACAGACAAGGAACCUCGUGGAAUCAUCCCUCUGGAGAACCUCAGCAUUAGAGAGGUGGAGGAACCCCGCAAACCUAACUGCUUUGAGCUGUACAACUCCAACCAUAAAGGACAGGUGAUAAAGGCGUGUAAGACUGAGGCAGACGGACGGGUUGUGGAAGGGAACCAUGUGGUCUACAGGAUAUCAGCACCAACACCUGAGGAGAAGGAAGAGUGGAUAAAAUCCAUCAAAGCGAGCAUCAGCAGAGACCCCUUCUACGACAUGCUGGCCACCAGGAAGAGACGCAUUGCCAACAAGAAGUGAAAUCCACAUCCAAACUGCUUCCCUAAACCCCAUACACACACGUAACCACAGCCUUCUGGGACAGCCUUUGUGUGAGUAUGUGUCUGAAGGUUUAAAGGAGCCCAACAACUGAAGAAUUCAAUGUUUAUAGUUCCUUUCUUGUGUUUCAAUUAGUAUAAACACACAGCUGUCAUGAUCUGUUUGUAUUUGCAUGGAUGUCGGUUUGUAUACCAGGGUGACUCACUUGAGUCCAAAGGAAGUCGUUUAAAGGCCAAAACAUACUCUAAGAAAGAAUGUGAACGCAGACAGCUACAGUGCACAAUCUAAUAGUUGUGUAGUUGUGUUUCCAAAUGUGCCAGACUGCAGUUCAUAACACAAUGCAAGUAUGUGUCGCAUUCAGCAAUGUUGGCACAAGGGGAGCUAUAACAGACAAUAGUUUGAACGGUUCACGUUCAACUGUGAGUUUCCUCUAAAGCAACUACUGUCAUGGCGGAGCAGCAGUUUGAAGAGAAUAUUACUGAGUUAGAGUCAGUAUAUUUAUAGCAACUCAACUGAAAAAUAACGCAUUUGAAUGACUUUUGAAGGUAACUCUCUCGCCCUCUUGAGAACAGAGGUUUGAUACUGCCACAAUAAAGCCCAAAGUAUACUUCAGUUUUUACGAGUACAUUAGCUUAUGCGUGCAGGUCAAUCCAUCUUUAUGGGUCUAAACUCCUGAAGUCUUUAAUGGCAGUUGUAGCACGCAUACGUUCGCCGCCUGUCUAUGUGCACCAGAGUUUCAGCUAAGAUAUUCUGGUACUGGCUAACGUGUCUGAGAAUAAUAACGUUUACUGGCCAAAAAUGUUUCUAUGAUUUGUUGUUUUAACAUAGCACAGAAGCGGUUAGUUUCCUUCAGGAUCAAAGCACAUGUUUUUUUCGAGCAACAUGAAGUGGUGUAGCUCCAAAGAAUUAUGGCCUUUGGUUUCAUGAAAAAAUAACUGGAACGAAAUUCACCGCUUAUAACCUGUUACACCUCUAAACCCCAAUUUAAUCACACAUGUGAUCCGCUCUGUGCUAUUUAAGGCUUAUUAAUCUUGCUUUUGGCAUUUUAUAUAAUAAAAUGUGCUUCAGCAGCCCAAAAUUGUGUUUCGAAGGCUGCUGAAAAAUGUUUAAUGCUGGAAAAACCCAGUAUAUGGCAGUGAAGCUGUACGUUUGGGGCAUCAAACAAAGGGGUUGCUGAUGCUUCUUGUUAAUAUUUUCACUGGACAUUGUGUCUGACAUUUUUUGAAGGACGUUUUUAAUUUUUUUUUUACGAAAACCCAGAUGCUUGCACAAUCAACCUUUUGAAAGGCCAAACAAUGCUAAUGUACAUGUAAGCAAGCGUAUGCACAAUACCGAAGUAAACUUUGGGCUUAACAUAGAAACACACAUUAAACAUGUUUAACCAGACCAACGUAUGUUUCUGGCCUGAAGGAAUAGUUCACCAAAAAUGACAUUUGUGUCAACCCUCAAGUUGUUCCCAAUUCAUAUCUGUUUUUUAUUUAUGUGGAACAUGAAGGUUGACAUUUUUGAAAGUCGUUACACGCCUCUUGCCACAAAAAAAGCCAUUUAUAAAUGGAUGAACAUGGGCUAGAUGCAAGCUUUGUAGAAGGGCACGAUUAUUAUUAUUGAAUAAUAACUUAACAUUGAGGUCAUAUACCUUCAGGAAUAUAGACUUGGAAUAUAGCGCAUAUAUGGACAUUUUCUAUUUCCUUUUUGGAGCUUGACAGCCCUUGGCCCUAUGAAAUCAUAAAACUGUAAAGAGCUAUGAAAAGAUUAUGAUGAGGGUGGGUAGACAAUGACAGAAUUGUCAUCUUCCUUUAAGAAAUCUCACACAGUGUCUACACUGGAGGCAUCGAAGUAAACAUACUAAAUGACAAGCAGAAAUCACGGACCAAUCAGCUGUGAGAUUGAGUUGACUUCAGGCAACAGAAGUGCACAUGCUGUGAUUAUUGUGUAUAUUGUUUAUGGAAACGUUAUAGCUAUCCUUACCGCUAAAACCUAAAUCUAACCCUAAAGCUAUCCUUGUUAAUCGCAAAUGAGACUCUCUUGGGACUUGGGCUGAUGGGGUGUUUCCUUCUAGACACAGCCAAUGGGAGCGACUGGUGUAGACAGGGUGUCGCUUCACAGAUGUCAGAUACAAAAGCCAUCUAUUCCAAAUGAUACGUGAUCUAUUUACAAUCACUGACCAGCGGUCUGGCAGUGUCAUCAUACAGGGCUCUGAAACGAUACCCCACCAUGCCAUUAUCUCUUAUAUGGUGCUAGAAGACUUCCUGUGUGCGUGUGAUCACACAAGAAGCUUGCAUAGACGUAAAUGUAUCUAACGGUAACACUAAGAGUCUGGAAUCAGCUGGACUGAUUUCAUGAGAAACGCCAAACAUAUGACAUGUAUAGUUUUAGUUAUGUGUACUGGUCCAUUUAAACUUUCCAUUCUGAUUUUGAGUAUAAAAGACACAAUCUACUGUUACGUGUGAUGUUUUGAUGUGAUAUGAAUGAAUUGCUUGCUUUUGUGUUGCCUUUACAAUUAUAGUUAAAUAUCAUUUUGUAUUUAUAUUCUUUGUGAAAUGAUUUUAUUGUACUCCUAAUUGAUCUAGAUAUAAGUUAUGUGUAAAUACUGUAAACAUUUGUCUUAUUUUUUUGUGUAAGUACAAUCUGUAUCAUAUAAAUCUACUGGUAAUUUUCUACAUCAUCUUUAAUGUUAGGGCUCUCUUGCUCAGAAGCCUUAAAAACGAACGUUCUUCUGUCAGGGAAAUUGACCAUGUAAUUCUGGAUUUUUUUUUAUCCAGUAGCCAUUUAUAUGUGUUGUAAAAUAAAGCCCUGUCCUGGGGUGGAAAACUAUCUUCGAUGCUCUUUAGGGCGCCAGAUGAAUUUUAUAUGUCUGUAUAAGCUAUUGGUCAUAUUGUAUAUGAAAUAUGGAUACAUAAAGCUGAAAUUUUCACAAGUGCAUUGUUUUUCCCCACACAUCACAGAGAUUACAAACAUGUGAUCCUACUGAUCGUACUUUAAUAUGACACCAUAUACUUUGAUUUUCUUAUAUUUAUACUACAUAAUAAUACCUCAUAUUAAUAACAAUGGCUUUUAAGAGCUGCUAAAUAUAUUCAAACGUGUAUAUGUACAGAUGACACAUACAAAAUAUCAAUUAUAGAAAGUAAAACAGCUAUGAAAAGCAUUUACAAGAGCAACGUUACAGAUACAAGCACACUGAAACCAUCGGAAAAUAAAAGUUUUGUCUUUUACAUAUAUAUAUAUAUAUAUCGUACUCAUAACUCAUUGUACUGCAGAACUGGUUUCCAAACACCAUGAAAAAUGUAUAUAUAUAAUGCAAACAAAACAAAACUUCAUGACCGUUCAAAAAGAUGUGUCCCAUUAUUUCAGUCCAUUUUAUAUUGACACCAGAAAGGAAACACAUGUCAUGUUUAGAGCUACAGUAAGAAGGGCUAUAAUGUACAGUUGGAUAUACAGUAUGAUCGACAUAUACUGUAAUGUCAGUGUUCUACUUUGAUAUGUUUCUGUUUUUACUGAUCUGCAAUACAUGUU